AUGGCAUCUAGCGCUAGCUUUGUCUCUGGGUUGAGAAGUCUCGGAAAGACUGCGCUUUUCCACUGGAAGUUUCUUUCCAGCUUGUCGUCUGGCAAAAGCUGCUAUUUUGGGAGUGAAUCUGGUGUCCAAGUCGCAAGAAAACAUCGGUUACUGAGUACAGCUUCAAGAUGCAGAGGCAAGCUCCAACCUACAGACGAUGAAAUUUACACUAGAACAACCAUCAGUCUUCUCUCAAAAGAAUCUUCAGAUGUUCCUUUUAUCUCAAACUACAGCAUCCAAGGUUUUACCAUCAGUGGAGAUAAGGUCUAUGGGCCAGUAGCCAUCUUGCCCCGUAGUUUGGUGUCGUGGAAUAUUGCUGGAUUGCAUGAUAUUCAUGAAGAUAGUUUGUCUUUGUUUCAUCUGAUAGAACCUAGAAUUGAAAUCUUGGUGAUAGGUACAGGAGAAGCAUAUCACAAGCUAACUCCAGAAUUACACAAAUUCAUGAGGUUAAAAGGAAUAGCACUUGAAGUUCAAGAUACGCCUCAUGCUUGUGCAACAUUCAAUUACCUUGCCAGGGAAAGUAGAGUGGUAGCCGCAGGACUUUUACCUCCAGAAAAGGUGACCCGGUGAUAAAUACCCAGAACAUUUCUCAGUGAUAUUUAUUGACUUUCUCAAAGUUCAGCAUUGGUCAUUUUGAUGCAACCAGCACAAUGGCAUAAGAAGAGGUAGAAAAUGUGAACCUGCAACAGACGUGUGUGCUUAUAUAGCCCACUCAUAGAUGUUUCUUUCUGAAGAACCUGAUGAUGCUGUGAUUUAUUGUUAGGUAUACAAUAAAUCCAUUAUCUACUUACCGUAUAGCCAUUUCCAGCAAGCUUCAAAGAUACAUAAACCAAUUUUGUAUUGCAGGCAAGUUGGAAAAUGUUGCCUUGAAUUGGAUGGUCAGUUGAGCUAUGCUUUAUCAUCUUUCUGAUCAAUGAAUUUUGUUUAAAUAUGAAUUAUAAAAAGAUUGGACGUCAUUAAUUUCAAAUGUAUUUCAGAUAUUAACUUGGUAUUUGCCCUGUGUGUGAUUUUGAGUUUCAAAUAUACCACAGGAAUUGGGUCGCUAAAUUUGUUGGAGUACUAUUUUUUUUAUUCUAUUCAGCCCAUAUUUUAGCAAAAUACAUAUCCUAAUCGAAAAUUGAAGAAGCUGGGACAAAUAAUGAUGCAUUUUGAAAAGUAAAGAUGUUAUAAAUGUUAUAAAUUUUCUAUAAAUACAGGCCAAUAUUAUCUUACCAAGUUGAAUCUAUUAGGACCAUAUGAAUCUGCAUGGCUUGGAUGAAAUUAAACUAAGAAGCAGCAUGCUUUCCAAAAUCUUGUCCAACAAAUUCUUUGACUUGGGACAAUGGAAGAUUGAUUUGUAUCUACUCAAUGGUACCAUAUUUUGUAUAAUUUACUGUAAACUUCACAGGAACAAAAUCAUCAUCAGUGCCCUCAGAGUCAGGGAUGAAUUUUACCAUCUUUGUUUUGUCUUUUCAAGAUACAGACUUUUGGUUUAAAAAUAGGGACUCAUAGGCCCAUGACUGCAUUGUUACCUAUUGAUACAGUGUAAAAUAAAAAUGACAACAGAAGAUAACUUUUCCGUCAUUCAUCUUAGUUUUAUAGACUCACAAGUCACAACCAUACCGACUUGAGUUUUCAUGGGCCUGUGAACCAGAUCUACACAUAUAUCUAAAUGAGGUUUCAUCUUAAUUCCUUGAGAAUUGGACUUUUAUUUGGAAAUGAUUUCUUUUUUAUGUUAUUAAUUGUAUUAGAUACAUGUAGUAACUAGUAUCAUAAUCCAAUUGGGUUUAAAAUGAUAAAACUUUUUUAGAUUAAUUAUGCAAUAUUCAAUAUUCAUGGAGAGGGGAAUUCGCAAACAAAAAAAAUGAAGAAAAUUAUAUCCAUGUUCUUGCUGUAAACCACAGGAAUAUCAUAAAAUUUGAGAGACAGUGGCUCUCCAUAAUAUAUUGUAAUAUUUGUAUUCAUGUUUUAUAAAGUAUUUUGUAUAUACUAUUGAAGCUUUUUCCUAUAUCAUAUGUUUAAAUUACAUUUUCUUGAUUUGAAAGAAAGAAAAGAUAUGCAUAUUUCACCCAAAUUAUUAAAUCAUGGAAAUGAAACUGAAA